AUGGGGAGCGCGGCGCUGGGGGGCGGCCCGUGGGUGCUGCGGGCACUCACCGGGUGCCUGCUGGGCGCCCUGGUGCUGAGCACGCUGCUGGGCAAUGCGCUUGUGUGCCUCGCCAUCCUGCGCUUUCGCCACCUCCGCAACAAGGUCACCAACUGGUUCGUGCUGUCACUGGCCAUCUCGGACCUCUGCGUGGCUCUUUUGGUGAUGCCCUGGAAGGCGGUCACUGAGGUGGCUGGAGGCUCCUGGCUCUUUGGCAGCCACUUUUGUGACACCUGGGUGGCUUUCGACAUCAUGUGCUCCACCGCCUCCAUCCUCCACCUCUGCAUCAUCAGCCUGGACCGGUACUGGGCCAUCGCCAGCCCCUUUCGCUAUGAGCGCAGGAUGACGCAGCGCCUUGCUUGUGCCAUGAUAGCCGUGGCCUGGGCUCUCUCCAUCCUCAUCUCCUUCAUCCCUGUGCAGCUACACUGGCAUAAAGCCAAGGACAGUAGAGAUUCAGGCUCCUGGCUACCUGGGACACCCCGCUGUGAUGUCAGGUUGAACCGCACUUAUGCCAUCACCUCCUCCCUUAUCAGCUUCUACAUCCCUGUGGCCAUAAUGAUCAUCACCUAUACCAGGAUCUACAGGAUUGCCCAGGCCCAGAUCCGCCGCAUCUCCACCCUUGAGAGAGCAGGGGGGCAGUGGCCAGCUCCUGGCAAGGAGCCCACCUCCUCUUUGCGGAGUUCCUUGCACAAGGAGACCAGGGUGCUGCAGACCCUUUCUAUCAUAAUGGGAGUCUUUGUUUGCUGCUGGCUGCCCUUCUUCCUGCUGAACUGCCUGCUGCCUUUCUGCCAGCCCAGCCUGGAGGAGGACCCUGAAGGGCAGUCACUCUGUGUCGGCCAAACCACCUUCAAUGUCUUUGUGUGGUUUGGCUGGGCCAACUCUUCGGUGAACCCAGUCAUCUAUGCUUUCAAUGCAGACUUCAGGAGGGCUUUCAGCAAUCUCUUGGGCUGCCAGUGCUGCUGCUGUGGCACACCCGAAUCCCCUGUGGAGAGGGUCAACUUCAGCAAUGAGCUGGUUUCCUAUCACCAUGACACCACCUGCCAGAAGGAAGGAGCUGUCCCAUCGUCGGUGCCUCCUGCUGCCACCACUGCCUGGGUGCAGCCCGUGCCCCAUGCCAUAAACCUCCAGGGAGAGCACAGCAGUGAGGAGAUGUCUAUGGAGAAGAGGAUUGUGACUUCUCAGACACAGACUGCCCACAGCAGCAGCCCCAGCAGUUACCAAGUGCCGGCUAUUUUGCAAUUGGAUUGCAAGGCAAAGCCAUCCCUGUAA